GGCAAUGCUGAGAUCCCACAUCCUGCCGAACGAGCUAUUGUGAACCUGAACGUGUCCUCUUCUGGUCCAAACAAAACCGCGGUAUCCGACGAAGUCAUUACAGCCGCAAAGCACCUUGAAUCGCUGCUUCGAGAUCUCGGCGAGGCCUCAGAAGAAGCUUCCAAUCCGUCGCCAUUGUCGCACUGGUCCAAAAAGUCACUGACCUCGAGUUCGCACAUUCCGUAUAACCGUGAUGGCGAGGCGCGACCCAGGAAAUAUUCCUCCAAGAUUCAGUUUGAUAUCCGCUUCAAAGAUUUCAAAGCAUUAGGAGCAUUUGGCACGAAAGCUUCUGCGUUGCCUCAUGUCGAAGUCCAGAAUAUCGAAUGGAUGCUCACGCCUGCUACGGAGAAGUUUUUCAGGUCGCAAUUGAGGAAAGAUGCUGCCAGAGACGCCAUCGAGAAGGCGAAGGAUUACUGUGAAGCGACAGGGUGCUGGAAUUUGAGGCCCGUGGAGCUAAAUGAG